UUCUAUCAAUGAAAAUUCUAUUUAUAGGUAUAUGAUCCUAUCUGGUGCUCUUCCCAUUGUGUGUUUGUAACAACAAUCAGUAAUUGAUGAAUUAAUAAUUGUCAUUUAAUUUUCUUGAUUCUGGCCGUUAAUAACCGUUUCAGCCUUUACUGCAUUAAUUCCAUUUAAUGCGCAAUAAAGAGGGUCUUAUCUGUUGUUUCCGUUGAUGUUCUCACCGUUGACCCCACCUGCUGCCUUUCCAUAAGUGCUAUACUCAGCAUUACCAUCUAAUAUUUAUUCGUCAAUGAAUAAACUGACACAUGUCGACUGCCUAUUGGUCCACGUGGCAAGUACAUUUUUUACCCAUACAGAUAGUCCCUCAAUUUUUCGGGUUCAUCACCAAGAUGUUCCUGAGAAAUUGUCUCACCGUUUUCAUCAAUUCUCUCUAAUCUACAUAUUUGAAUCUUCUUUCGUGGAAGAGGAAACGUUGUAACUGGUGGCAGAUCGUGGCCCACUGGUGUGAUGAAUACGUGGCAUAAUCAUAGAAGUUGAAAGGACUCGUAUUAAAUGAUAAAAUUAGACGUGGGACACGUGGCUGUAACCGUGCCCUUUGUUUUCUCGCUGUUACCCAAGGUAAUGAUGGAAGUUUUACAUUUUCCACAAAAGUUCAAAUUUUACCUUUUUCUACCGUCUUAUCUCAAAUUUCUUCUCCAAAGUUCUUCAAUUUUUAAUCUCCUUUACUUUCUUUUCUUCUCUGUUUCCCCUAAUCAUGUCUUCUCCUUCAUCUUCUCAAAGCAAUUUUCCAGAAAAGACCGUUGUUGUUGAUGCUUUUCCUCCUCAUAUAGGUGCUGAAAAACCUAAAAAUAGAAUGCCUCCUAAGAAAUUGAUGGGUGAUGCCAUUGCUGCUGCAUCUACUGGGUCUGCUUCUUUAUCUUCUAGAUAAAUCUUCCUCCUGUGGAUGGUGUACUCCCCAAACAUCCUUCUCAUACUACUGACUUGAAGAUAAACAAAUAUGAAUCUGACAGUGACAGAAUGGCGAUGAUGUCAGGGAUUAAAUCCCACAUUACUGAAGAUCUUAUCCCUUCCGUAAUUGAAAGGUGUCUUUGGGCGGACCACCAUGUGGAGAUUCUUGUUCCUGAAUCGGAGAGGUCCGUUACUUCUUAUUUACCCGGGUUUUCCGCGGUGUAUCUUUAUUUAUUAUUGGAUUUAAUUUACCGUUAUCUUCGCUGAUUGAUUAAUUAUGCCGCCCUCUCCAAGUAUGUGUUGCACAACUUACACUCGGAGUUUGGCGUUUGAUUCAAUUAUAUCAGUACGUUGCUCGUCUUGCCAAUGUACAGCUUACCUUGAAUCAUAUUUUAUAUUUGAACUCCCUUCGUUUUGUAAGGGGUUCUAUGGUAAUGUUUAGGGCCAGGGCCUAGAGUAAAUUGUUCAAAGACCCUGAAGAUAGCCACGACCGUUUAUGGUUUAAUGAGUUUGUGUUUAUUCCUACUCACUAGUUAGUGAGUAGUGACGCCGGGUCUUUUCCGGAGAAGUGGAAUGCGAGAGCUUUUAAUCCCGAGUUAAAUAUUUCGGGGAAUAUUCGCAAAUUUACAGAAAUAAUGAUCCGAUUCUCGGCGAGGGUUAGAACUUGGGAAUCAAUGGCAAUGCAACAGGGCAUUCACACUUUGGAUGAUUCCGGAAAAAAUAUAGGCCGUUCCGGUAAAAAGAGAUCAUCGUCAAGAGCCUUGAUUCUCCCAAAUGAUGACGACUCGGCAUUGGAUAAUAUCCGUUCCAUUGUCAGAAAAAGGUCGAGUGUGGAGGCUGAAAGUUCAAAGGAUGUUGGUAAACCUGUUCUUAAGAAGAGAAGAUUGAAGAAGCAAUCUUUUUCUGGACCUUCUGUGAUUGGGAAGACUGAAGGUAGGCUUAGCAUUGAAAGCACAAAUUCCGAGAAUGAAACGCCUUUAAUUUUGAGGAAAGGAAAAAGAACUAACCUUUCUCUUAUUGAUGUGGCAAAUGUCUCAGAGGCAUCCCCGUCGAAGGAUCUUGAAGAUCUAACAAGCAUCCCCGAAAUGCCUUAUCGGGAAGAAGAUUCAUCGGCUACUCUUUCUAAGGUGAUGAUUAUUGAUAAUGUUUCUGAAGUACCUUUCCAAGACACAUUUAUUGAUGCUAAUAUAACGAAGCCAAUGUUGUCGGUGUGGAGCCUGUCACUGUCCCCAAAGUUGAUACUUCUCGAAGGAAAAAGACAUGUUCAAGAGGAUUCGCAUAAAGCUGAUGCUGGUGAUGAAGGUCUCCGGGCUGAUGAUCCUGCAGUCAAGUGGAUGCAGUCGUUUGUUCCUCUUACUGUUAAUUAUACCCGAUCUUUCAGUUUAUCUGAUGAGGCAAAUUUAUUGGAUAAUCCUCAUGUGAUGAGUACUUUUUCCAAUAACUUCAUAGGGCAAAACAAACACGCCAUUCUAAAGGACAUGCCCUCAUACCAGAUGAACAUGAUUGCUUUAGGGUUUAUGAUCUAGGCGU